AUGGUAGAUAAAAAUGCCCAGAUACGAGCGACACUUAAUGCAAAAUUGAUUGAAAGCGGUGAACGAGAACAAAUGAAACAACUUUUAAGACAACGCUUAAUGGAAUACGAAUGGAGAGAUCAAAUGAAAGCCUAUUGUAAAGAUAUUGUUAAACAAAAAGAUCUUGAAAAUAUAACUGUCGAUCAACUUAUACAAGAAAUAACACCAAAAGGCCGUGCACUUGUACCAGAUUCAAUCAAAAAAGAAAUGUUGAAUCGUCUUCAGCAAUAUUUAGUGAAACAAGAAAAACUUUGA